UGACCUGUGAACCCCUAAACUACAUUGACAUAAAUAUUUACAGGAUCUCCGACAGAUGAUUCAACAACAUCUAGAUGGAGUUCUUCAGUAGCUUCUACCACAGGUGUAUCUGCCUACUCCCAGGUGUCCCGGCCCUCGAUAGCGGAAUCAUCUGCAACCCUUAACGAUGUUAAUCUGGAGAUGCAACCCCUACCUAUGUAUGUAAACUGUGAUAUCCUUGAUGCAAGACAAUCUGGACUCCAUGCAACUAAUUUUUCAUCCCAACCCAACCUCAUCCCUUCUCAUCCUCAUCCUCAUCUUCCUCCUCUCACCCUACCCUCCACCCUCCCACCCCUAAACAUAUCCCGGGUACCUCCUCUUCAUCCGGAUCCAGAUUCUCCUGAUACACCUUCCCAUCAGUACGAGAAUAUAGCUCCUGGAGAUGUAUACUCCCCUGGUUACCUGUACUCCACUACUCUACAUUCCUUCUCUCUUCCUCCUAAACCAUCUCCAGCUCCAGGUGUAUACAAUCCUCCUAAAUCAUUUCCAGCUACAGGAGUAUACAACCCUCCUUCUCCUCUUCAUUCUCCUCCAAUGUCACCAGGUCCUAUUUCUCCACUAUUAGAUCUAUGUACUCCUCUGAACUACAUCAUGCUGGAUCUGGAUAAACAGGACUCUGGUGCACAGCAGACCAUUACAAACAACGGCACAAAGCGCCCAGUAGUUGGUUACACUACAAUAGAUUUCAAUAAAACAUCAGCUCUAAUCAAAUCUAGUAAUAAUAGAUUUGAAGACGAUGAACCCGGAGUGAGAAAGACGCGGCAUAAUUCUUCGAUUUCUGAUAUCAGUGGGGCAUUCCGAGCACAGCUGAGUCCUACAGAUUAAAUUUGUUUCUCCUAAUUUCUAGAUAUUGAAGUUUAAUAAACUAUUUCAAAUUCAAA